AUGGAGGUUUUAAAUUUGGGCCGCAUUCGAAUUGGGAAGGGAGGAAUAGCUGGGAGGGCAGUGAAAAACCUCUUUAGAAAACUAAAGAAACCGUGUGCUAACCACCGUCACCAUGUUUAUGAUUAUUCACCUCCUGAUUCCGGCUGUCUCAGUGAAUACGCAACAUGUUCAAAUAACGGUCUUUAUUCGUCAGGAGUAAAUGGUAAUGGUGUCGCAAGUUCUUAUACCAAUUUGCCAUUAACAUUCCAAAGUGCAACCAAUGAGACUCGAGCUAGUGCAGUGUCUGAGUCAGUUUCGAGGAAUCUUUCAAAACAAGGAUCCAAACCGUUAUUUUCGUACAGAUCUGACAGUGCACUACGGCAGACAAGGAGUACAAGCGUCGAUAGUCCUCACAGGCCGUCUUUAAAGGGAAGUAGAUGUACGGGUCAAUCCGCAGCUAACCUCAGGUCCUAUUCUUCUACACAGAAAUUGCGUCAUGGUUCGUCACACAAGAACCCUGAGAUUGAAAUCAAUGGUCAUUCUUAUUGCGUUUUGGGUUCUCUGGGAGCUGGCGGAUCAAGCAAAGUUUAUCAGGUACUUGAUUAUGCUGACAGCAAGUUGUGUGCGUUGAAGUGUGUAGACCUGUCGCGUACAGACGCGGUUCAAAGGGGAGCAUACUUGAACGAAAUAAAGUUACUGAAGCGGUUGAGUAACACUGGAUGUGUUGUAAAAUUGUAUGACUACGAGCUGAGAAGACAUUACUUGUAUAUUUUGAUGGAGAAAGGUGACAUCGACUUAGCUUCAUUUCUCAGGACGCGGCGGACAGAAAUUGAUGAUUUAUUUAUCCGUUAUUAUUGGAAUGAAAUGCUGAAGUGUGUGGGAGUUAUUCACAAAGAAGGAAUUGUACAUCUUGACUUGAAACCGGCAAAUUUUCUUUUUGUGAAGGGUGCCCUGAAGCUAAUUGAUUUUGGCAUUGCAUCGGCAUUACCGUCGAACAAAACUUCCGUUUUGAAAGAGACGCAGAUGGGAACUUUAUCUUACAUGGCACCAGAGGUUAUAAAAGGGGAUAAUAGUUCUGGUGAUGACAGUGGAGCAAGACCAUGCUUUAAGAUAAACAGGAAGGCUGACGUGUGGUCUCUUGGUUGUAUUUUAUAUAACAUGGUAUAUGGUUGCACUCCGUUUCAAAAAUAUCGUGCUGUCUUUGAAAAAGUGAACGCUAUAAUGAACCAGCCUGUGGUCUUUAAAGAUAUUGAAGACAGAGACCUUUUAGAUGUUAUGAAGCGUUGUUUGGAGAGAGACCCUAAUAAACGUGCAUCAGUAGAUGAGCUGUUGAACCAUCGGUAUGUAAAAGGGAAAAAGUCUGUAUUUGACCAGUCAGUAAUGUUGAAAGAUGAUGAUAACUUUUUGAAAAUUGCGGAGGAUUUAAGGAAGAAUUCACCAAGAAGUUUUGCUAAGAAGUUGCGUGAUUUGAUGGUGAAAUAA